AUGUCUCGAAAACGACCAAGGCAAUCUAUUCCUUCUCAUGUAGAGUUUGAAAUGGAUACUUCUGACGAUAAUUGUGACGAGCUCGUCGCGAUUCCGAAUCCAGACAAUUCUGGUUGUUCUAGUGAUUCCGAUUCUGAUUUUGAAUCAAACGAUCACCUUUCGAGUAUCACUUAUAAACAAGCAUCGGAAAAUUACACAGAUAAUCAAUGUAAAUUGGAAGGAGAUCACCAAUAUAAGUGGAUGGUUGGUGAAAAGAGCUACCCGGAUGAGACUGAAGACAAAUUAUUACUAACUGACGGUGUAAAAAAAAAUAUUCAAAAAAGUGAGCCGAUACAACUGUUUGAAAAGUUUUUCUGCAUGGAAAUGAAAACAUACAUUAUUGACUCAUGUAAAGAGAAUGGGUUUGAAUUGCAGUUGGAUGAUUUGAAUACUUUCAUUGACAUCAUCAUUGUAAGCUCGUUCAAUAAAAGAAAAUCUCAAAGAGACUAUUGGUCAACUGAUCCCUUCUUAUUAUGUGAGGUGGUUUCUUCUGCAAUGCAACGCGAUACAUUUGAGAAAAUCAAAUCAGAAUUAAAGUAUUUGAUGCCUAAAGACAAUGAUCCCAGUGAUAAGGCAUGGCGCGUUCGUAAAUUACUACAAUUAUUCCAGAGAAAUAUUCGUCAGUUUGGCUUGUGGAAGACUGCGUUAUCUGUUGACGAAAUGAUGGCCAAAUCAUAUGCAAGAACAUCGCUAAAACAGUUUAUCCGGGGAAAACCCAUACGAUUCGGACUAAAAUUUUGGGGUCUCUGCACCGCCGAUGGAUACCUGUUGAAUCUCGAUUUAUAUUGUGGAAAAACCUCAUCAAUUGGAGAUAAAUUGGGUAAAUGUGCUCUAGGUUCUCGUGUAGUGAUGGAAUUAUUGGAUCCAUUUCUGAAAUCUAUCCCUCCUAAGAAGAUAUCUCAGUUCCAUCUUUCCUGCGAUAAUUUUUUUACGAAUUUCGAUCUCCUAGUACAUUUGAAAAAGUUAGGUUUACAAUGUACAGGAACUAUAAGAGAAAAUCGAGUCAAAGAAAAAAAUGUAAUCGACAAAAAGUCUCCACGAGGUACGUAUGUUGUGAAGCAUGAUCAAAACAGCGGAAUAAACUACAUAACUAUCGUAGACUCGAAACCAGUUUCGAUCGCUUCUACCGCUGCAGGGGUAACUCCUCUAUUACCGUCUAAGAGAUUUAGCUCGAGUGCACAUUCAAAAAUUGAGAUUCCGUUUCCACAAGCAUUUCAUCUCUACAAUAAAUUCAUGGGCGGAGUAGACGUGCACGAUGGACAUUGCAACAACUUGCUUCCAAGUAUCCGUUCAAAAAAAUGGACAUGGGUCGUCUUUAUUAGAUUUAUUCAGGCCGUCAUUGUGAACCCAGUCGUGAUUUUCAACGCAACUGGAGAUAAAACAAAAAAAAUUGGUUCAAAGCAAUUCGCAAUUUCGAUUGCUAAAUAUUACUUAGAGAGGGGAAAACUAAAACGGAACAAAGCACACGAUACUUUCCGUCACAGCAAACAAGCUCGUUGUUCAAUCUGUCCAAUAAGAACAUAUACGUACUGUAAGGACUGUAAUGCUUAUUUCUGUAGUGCUUGUAUGAAAGCGAAACACGUAAUCAGGCUUCGGGGAUAA